AUGAGCGCCGAAUUUACAGUUUCAAGUCCUCUUCUUUCGAGUCAACGGUCAUCAAACUUGAAAGCAGACCUUGAGAAUACUAUGCAACAGGACGCUACGUCUUCAGAGCAGGACGAUAUCCCACCAUUACAUGCCGUCAAUAUCGCUCAGAGAUGGAAUGAGUCGAAGACUAUGAUUUGGAGGGUGACAGCCACAUUCUGGUGUGCAUUUGUUAUGGGUUCCAAUGAUGCCGCAUAUGGUGCUAUAAUUCCCUAUUUGCAACUUUCUUAUCACAAAAGCUACACUGUGAUCUCGCUGGUUUUCCUCUCGCCCUUUUUUGGCUAUACAGCGUCCGCCAUCCUGAACAGUCUGGUCCAUCAGCAGUUCGGCCGUCGAGGAGUCAGUAUUCUCGGCCCUGGAUGUCACUUGCUGGCUUUCAUGGUCAUAUCACUUCACCCUCCCUUCCCGGUAUUGGUGAUUAUGUAUAUGUUUGUCGGCUUUGGCAGUGGUCUCCAGAACGCAGCCUGGAAUGUGUGGAUUGGAAACAUGGCUAGUUCUCACCAAGUCCUUGGGUGUCUCCACGGAUUUUAUGGAAUUGGCGCGACAUUCAGCCCUCUAGUUGCUACAAGUCUGAUUACCAAGGCUGGCUGGGAAUGGUAUUUGAUCUACUAUCUCAUGACCGGAGGGGCGGUGAUCGAGCUUGUCAAUGCCACUGCUGCAUUCUGGACUGAUAACGGCUCUCAAUACCGUCAAGAAAGUGCAUCGUCUUCCGGCAGAGACGAAGGAAUCAACCAAACCCGUCUUUCGCUUACCUACCGAGUCACAUGGAUCUGUGCUAUCUUCCUCUUCCUAUAUGGGGGCGUCGAAGUAUCCAUUGGCGGGUGGAUUGUUGUUUUCAUGACCAAAGUUCGUCAUGGCAAAGCAUUUGCAUCCGGUAUGGCAGAAACGGGGUUCUGGCUCGGCGUCACAGUCGGCCGAUUUGCGCUCGGAUUUGUCUCACCUCGGAUUGGCGAGAAGCUGUCGAUUGCCGUCUACAUCAUUCUUGCAAUCGCACUUGAGCUCGUUUUCUGGCUUGUGCCGGACUUUAUUGUCUCCGCAGUGGCGGUCUCCCUCGUUGGCUUCUUCUUGGGCACUAUUUUCCCGGGGGUGGUGGUUGUGGCCACUCGUCUGCUGCCGAAGAAUCUUCAUGUAGCGGCUAUUGGAUUUGCAGCCGCUUUCUCCAUGGGAGGCGGCGCUGUGUUUCCUUUCAUUAUCGGCGCUAUUGCACAGGCUAAGGGUGUGGCAGUGCUGCAGCCUAUUUUACUUGCCAUGCUAUUUGUAGCGUUGAUGGUUUGGGCAAUGCUGAUUCGAGAGCCAACGCAGGGGCUACCGUAUAUGGUUUAA